AUGCAUUUAUGGGGGUUUAGAUAUGAUGAAAAAAGAAAAGAUGUUUAUUAUGAUGGACAUGAAAGAUCAGACAUAGUGAUUUAUAGAAGAGAAUGGCUUAAUAGAAUGCUUACUUAUAAGAAAUAUAUGAAAAGUUUUGAAAGUGAUAGAUUAGAAAUCAUGUUAGAACCUAAGCUUGAACUCAACAAAAAAAAAUUAGUACUG